AUGUUCCGAUGGCUGCUGCUCACUCUGCUGCUGGAAGUGGGUGCCGAUGGGCCGCCGGCGAGCACCACGGGGACCUCCAGCAUAGCCAGCACCACGCUCCUUCCGACCACUACAACCACCACUGCAAGCACCACGACCACGAGCGGCACGACCACCACGACCACGACGGUGACGCUGCCAGCGCACUGCCAGCGGUUUUCAACCUUCACCUGCAGCACUUCGCCCGUGACGCCCGCGAGCACGGAGGUGAUGCUGGUGGAGGGCAGCGCCGCGAUGCCCGACUGGUAUUGCAACGGCCGCUGGGGUCGACUGGAGGUGAAGAAGGAUGGUGUUUGGGGUCAAGUCUGCCGUGAAUCCUUCGACCAUUUGGAUGCGCGUGUGAGUUGCCGGCAGAUGGGCUUCCAAGAUGGUUUUGCUCUCCGUGAAUACCACUACACUGGCCGGCUCAGCAUGUCAGCGAGCAGCAACCCCAUGCUGAUGGAUGGCCCUGCUUGCGUGGGCACAGAGAGUCGAAUCCAAGAUUGCCCCUCCUUCGGCGCCGCGGUCAGCACCACCUGCACCGCCGUGGGGGACCUGCGUGCGGCCGCGGGAGUGCUCUGCCUGGCCGAGCAGUUGUCCGAGAGCGAGCUGCGGGCGCGUUGCCCCAAGCUUCGGUUUAAAGCCAACGACCAGAAGAACAAGCCUACGCAUCCCAUGAGCGUCGUGACCAUCUUUCCGGGCAACAGCUACACCAGCGGCUUUGGAGGGACGGGCGUCUCGACCAGCGACGGAGGACUUGGAAACUACGCCGGGACGUAUCGGACCGAGGAUGAGAUACGAAGUGCUUGGAGCAACAUCGCCAGUGAUGAAGUGCCCAACAUGGGUGGACAUCAGUGGCGCUAUCCCUUUGCCACCAAGAGCUUCUGCUAUUCCAACUUCCUCACUGAGCUUGCGAUGGGCUAUUGCGAGUCCUACAUUCCUACCUCUGCACCCACUUCCUCCACCAGCAGCAGCACCACCACCAGUGUGGGCAACCCCUCAGAUGGCACCACACAGACGGCCAAUUUGGACACUACGCCUGGCGCGGGCACCACCUCCAAGACGGAUGGCCGGCGGCCGGGUUGGAUGUUCUUGCUGAGCCUCUUGGCCUUCGCAUGCUGGACCGCGACGGACUCGAGAAUCUGA